AGUCGGGGCAGGGGGGCGGAGGAGAGAGCACGCCGACCGGAGGGGGCUGGAGCUCCGAACCGCUUGGAGCCUGAAGGGUCCGCCGGCGCUGUGGCCGCACAAACCCCGGACUAGGGAGCCCGUCAACCGCGCGGCUAAGUGAAUGGGAUGGAGCCGGGACCGUCUGGCGCUGUGCCCAUGGGGGCCUUCCCCCCACCCCUGCAGCAGGUGUUCCAGGCCCCGCGUCGGCCGGGCAUGGGCACCGUGGGCAAGCCAAUCAAGCUGCUGGCCAACUACUUUGAGGUGGAGAUCCCCAAGAUGGACGUCUACCACUACGAGGUGGACAUCAAGCCAGACAAGUGCCCUCGGCGAGUCAACAGGGAGGUGGUGGAGUACAUGGUGCAGCACUUCAAGCCUCAGCUCUUUGGUGACAGGAAGCCAGUGUACGAUGGCAAGAAGAACAUCUAUACGGUGCUAGCACUUCCGAUUGGGAGUGAGAAGGUGGAUUUUGAGGUGACCAUCCCUGGUGAAGGUAAGGACCGAAUCUUCAAGGUGUCCAUCCGUUGGCUGGCCAAGGUGUCAUGGCGCCUGCUCCAGGAGACUCUGGUCAGUGGCCGGCUGCAGGUCCCCCUGGAUUCUGUCCAAGCCCUGGAUGUGGCGAUGCGCCACUUGGCCUCUAUGAGGUACACACCAGUGGGGCGCUCAUUUUUCUCCCCACCUGAAGGAUACUACCACCCCCUGGGUGGGGGGAGGGAAGUGUGGUUUGGUUUCCACCAGUCUGUGCGCCCCGCCAUGUGGAAGAUGAUGCUCAACAUUGACGUGUCUGCCACGGCCUUCUACAAAGCCCAGCCUGUCAUCGAGUUCAUGUGUGAGGUCCUGGAUAUUCGCAACAUUGACGAGCAGCCCAAGACCCUGACUGACUCGCAGAGGGUUCGCUUCACCAAGGAGAUCAAAGGUGGGCUUCCUGACAGAGGAGAUUUCUACAACCCAGGCCUGAAGGUGGAGGUGACACACUGCGGCCAGAUGAAGAGGAAAUACCGUGUAUGCAAUGUUACCCGACGUCCUGCCAGCCACCAGACGUUCCCCCUCCAGCUUGAGAGCGGUCAGACCGUAGAAUGUACAGUGGCCCAGUACUUCAAGCAGAAGUACAACUUGCAGCUGAAAUACCCCCACCUGCCCUGUCUACAGGUGGGCCAGGAGCAGAAGCACACCUACCUACCCCUGGAGGUGUGUAACAUUGUAGCAGGCCAGCGGUGCAUCAAGAAGCUAACGGAUAAUCAGACCUCCACCAUGAUCAAAGCCACGGCUCGCUCCGCACCCGACAGACAGGAGGAGAUCAGCAGGCUGAUGAAGAAUGCCAAUUUCAACCUGGACCCAUACAUCCAGGAGUUUGGGAUCAAGGUGAAGGACGACAUGGCAGAGGUGACGGGGAGAGUGUUGCCAGCUCCCAUCUUACAGUAUGGGGGGAGGAAUCGUGCCAUCGCCACUCCAAACCAGGGAGUCUGGGACAUGAGGGGGAAGCAGUUUUAUAAUGGCAUAGAGAUCAAGGUGUGGGCUAUUGCCUGCUUUGCCCCCCAGAAACAGUGCAGAGAGGAGGUGCUGAAGAACUUUACAGAUCAGCUGCGUAAGAUCUCUAAAGAUGCUGGGAUGCCCAUCCAGGGUCAGCCAUGUUUCUGUAAAUACGCCCAGGGUGCUGACAGCGUGGAGCCCAUGUUCAGACAUCUGAAGAACACCUACUCUGGCCUGCAGCUCAUCAUCGUCAUCUUGCCGGGCAAGACUCCUGUCUAUGCGGAGGUGAAGCGGGUGGGAGAUACCCUCCUAGGCAUGGCCACCCAGUGUGUGCAGGUGAAGAACGUGGUGAAAACGUCCCCUCAGACCCUCUCCAACCUCUGCCUCAAGAUCAACGUCAAGCUGGGAGGCAUCAACAACAUCCUGGUGCCUCACCAACGGUCGGCAGUGUUCCAGCAGCCAGUUAUCUUCCUUGGAGCAGACGUCACACAUCCACCUGCUGGGGAUGGGAAGAAACCCUCCAUUACUGCUGUGGUAGGCAGCAUGGAUGCCCACCCCAGCAGGUACUGUGCCACUGUGCGCGUCCAGAGGCCCAGGCAGGAGAUCAUUGAAGACCUGUCAUACAUGGUGCGAGAGCUGCUGAUCCAGUUCUACAAGUCGACCCGCUUUAAGCCCACCAGGAUCAUCUUCUACAGGGACGGCGUUCCUGAAGGGCAGCUGCCACAGAUCCUCCACUAUGAGCUGUUGGCCAUCAGAGAUGCGUGCAUCAAACUGGAGAAAGACUAUCAGCCAGGCAUCACCUACAUCGUUGUCCAAAAACGCCACCACACCCGCCUCUUCUGUGCUGACAAGUCUGAAAGAAUUGGGAAGAGUGGAAAUAUUCCUGCAGGGACAACGGUGGACACCAGCAUCACUCAUCCCUUUGAAUUUGACUUCUACCUGUGCAGCCACGCUGGCAUACAGGGCACCAGCCGACCGUCUCAUUACUAUGUCCUGUGGGACGACAAUCGUUUCACCGCGGACGAACUGCAGAUCCUCACCUACCAGUUGUGCCACACUUAUGUGCGCUGCACGCGCUCCGUCUCCAUCCCUGCGCCAGCCUACUACGCCCGCCUCGUAGCCUUCCGUGCUCGCUACCACCUGGUGGACAAAGAACACGACAGCGGAGAGGGCAGCCACGUGUCCGGUCAGAGUAACGGCCGGGACCCCCAGGCACUGGCCAAGGCUGUCCAGAUUCACCACGACACCCUGAGGACCAUGUACUUCGCCUGAGCCUCACCGACCAACCGUUGCCCCUGCCGUCUCAUCCUACAUGAGUGGGCAGAUGGCCCGCUGUCACCGCCACCUCACUCACAGCCCUCUCUCCCAGUGACUGCCAAAUACCACACGUACCACAGACCUGCCGUGUAUGACCAGGCCAAGUCAGCCCACCCCCACCCACACAAAAGACAAAACAAACACACGACCCCUCACCUGUAAAACACAGGCAGACUCUUCAGCCUCAUGCACUCACAACACGGUUAUGAAUUUAUUGUUAUUAUUGUCCUGUUUUGUUUUUACUCUACCUGGACUAUUGCUCUUUUUAUGUUGGAUUUUUAACAUGUGGGUAUUAUUAUUGUACUUGUGUUGUAUGCUACCUUUCAACUCCUGUGUGUGUAAGUAUGCAAUACGGAUGGGAGGAAGACAGGCGGUGAAGAAAAAUACCUGAAAAUGUUUUUUUUGUUUUUUUGUUUUGGACAGUCGCCACAAUGCUGCCUCUUCACCCAUCCGAAUGGCAGUUUCAAGCCCCCCGGGUAUGGGGGGGACCCUUUACAGGGGUUGGUAAUGGGGACACACUUAUCAUCGUAACGUUUUUCACGAAUGGCGUUUUGUUUGUUUUUUUGUUUUAUUUUGAUGGUUUUCAAUAAUGUUAUUUUAAAAACUGCAUUGAGGAGUUAGAGGUAUGGUACAUUAGCACUUAGUGAUAGCACGUAGAUGCCACGAGCCCUGCACGUCAUAUAUAUGCGAGGCUUCCUCUCUGGCCUGUACAUUAGCGGAGGCGGAGACAUGGCAGGUGUAGCAUAUCGUAGAUACAGGUUUCGUGUCCUGCCAGGGGCUCUCCGCACCGACUGGCCAGUCCCCUAGAAAAUCGGCCUCUAGAGGCAAACUUAGCAUAACCGUAGAGGGACCAUUUGCAUAGAGUGUAUCAAAUAUACUUGCACCCCAUGCACCUAAACCAGCAUUAUGAACCAGCCAAAUGUGACGCCAACCAAGGAGAAAGGGGCACUUACACCGGAAGAUAAUCUUUUGUUUCCAUACACGUUUCUCUUAUAGGAAUUGAUGAGGCACUUUUUAAUUUACUCAGUGGUUUAUUUUACUUCACACUGGGGACACGGGUCUCCUGAGGCUUUAUACGCAAAUCACCCCGAAUUUCUCACCCCCAACCCCGCUUACACCUUGCUGAACAGAGUAACAGCGGCAAUAGGCAAGGUCAGCUCUUCUUUGUAAAUUUGAAUACAGGCAAACGUAAGUCUGUGAUCACCAAGUGCUGCAAAAGCUGAACUCGCCGUUCAGCAACUGACCUUGCUCUCAUCACGCUGCACAUCCCUGCGCGUGUCGGUCGAGAUGACGGCGCCACCACACCGCGCUGUGCUGAACGUCUACCCGCACAUGGCGUCGCAUAUCCAAACAUACCCCUCCUGCUAAAUGACGCCAAGCCUCGCCCAUCUGCCCCCCUUCAGUCCCGAUUUUACCACACAGAAGCCCUAUAAUUCAAAUGCACUUGAUCCCCCCCCCCCUCCAUUUUACCCUAACCUAAAUCUUAUUGACACGUACAGUCCCACUGAUGGAUCGUACCAUACCCCUACCGCCAGUUAAAAGAAGAAAAAAAAACACCACUUCAACAAUUACCUACCUGCACCCCUCCACUCUACCCCACCCAGCCUGUGUUAGACAAUCCCCAUUGGUGCGCUGUGUGCCCGGGCAACACAGAUAGGGGCUUGCUGCACACGCUGGGGCAGGCCAUUAUUUUUACUACUUAACAUCCUGCCUUCACAUCUAGUCACUUUUUUGAGGAAAAAAUGCAUGUUACUAUUUUUUAUGACUGGACAAUGUUCUGAGCCACCUUAUUUGGGUUUCCUUAGCGAUAGGAGCCUCGCGCUCACUGCUGCCUGUCAGUCAUUUUGCCUCGAUCGUGUAAUGGUUAAAGACUGCUAUUAUUAUUUUUUUUCCUCCUGUGAUUUAUUAUUGUGACUAGUGUCAGAGUGUAUCCUCAAGAGGGCACUGCGGGGACAGGCUCAGAUUUCCGCCUCAGUUGCCCUCAAAGCGCCUCAACUCUUCUCUGAUUAUUAGAGCCCCCUUUGAGCUGAAAGGGAUCAGACGAUAGAGAUCAGAUGAGUUUGAUUUUUAAGUCAUUGUUUAUGAACUUGCGUAAUCAAAAUGCCUUUGUAAGCCGUUUUACUGAUCCUACAUUGUGUCCAAGGUGAUUUGUAUAUAUAAAUAUAUAUUAAUCUUCCAUGUACUUUGGCUCAGCAGUUACGGGGCCUUUUGCAGUUGGGGCCAGUUUUCCACUCCCCCCACCCCAUCCCACUCUGUGUUAAAGAUUUUCAGUCCUGGGGCAGCCCGCACACCACUGAAACCAGAUGCAGUUGUCUCACUGAAGCCACAAAGCACCUUGCAAAGAGGGGAGACGAGACGGGAGUCUCUCUGGAAACACAUCAUGUGGACAGCGAUGAGUCCACUCCUCUCCACCCAGCCUCACUGACAAAGCAAUAUGAAGCCACUGAUCAAAAACAGUCCUUGUCAUAAGCACUUCCCAGUAGAUUUGAAUGAAAGGACAUGGAAGCAACUUAUUUUGGCUCUGUGUAUGUAAUAGUAUGGGGACUCUGUUGGGGAGGGUUAUUUUUUAAAGAA